AUGGUAUCCGCUAUCAGAACAUCCGCACGUUCUCUUCGGGACUAUAUCUUGAAGACCAAGAGUCGCACCAUCAACUUUGCUAAAGGCCAAGGCACACCGGGACAUCGAUUUGCACCCCAGCAAACAGGAACGAACGAUGCCAGCAUUGGCAGCAGGCUUGAUAACGGAGACAUUAUCACCAAAGAUGGGACCCAAUACAAGCGUUACAAAUUCCAGCUUAAUAAAAACGCUCAAAAUAGCACUCUAAAAGAUGAAGCGCGGAAGGACUCUCACAAAGUAUGGGCUCAGGUAGAUGUGCAGAUUAAAGAGAACCCAACCCUGGAGGAAUCGAAAUCUACUGUUGUGGAGGCAUUUGAUACUAUUGAGGGUCAAUUAUCGUAA